CGGUUCCCUUUACGGUGGUUUGGUCCAGCUCGCCUGCAUUCCUCCUCUCUAAAGCCUGGCCGAUAGAGACAGAGGAAAGAAAGGGGGGAGAAAACACAAAUUAUUAUUCACAGCCGUGUUGGAUUUUUAUGAACCACGGAGCCGACUCGCACCGGACUCACCGGCCCACGACGCUCAGCCGGGUCCGGACUGCCGCUUUCGGACGUACAGCAGCGAAAAAAGGCGUGUUUUUCUCUAUAAAAUGACGGACUUAGCGUUGCUGUGUGUGUAGGUCAGCUACAGAAAAGCAGCUUUGGUGAAACAGCCUUCAGCCUUUUCCACGGCGGAUAUCUCUCUUCUAUUUUUCCUCUCUCUUUUUUAAAUGAGGAUUUGCAAGAUGGCUGAUGACAGCUAACAAGGACAGAAACUCGACGUCCCCUUUAAGACCAGCGGGGUAUAUUUUUGUAUUAUUUUUAAUGUUUUCAAAUCAGUUAUUAAAUACAUAAAUAUGGCUGCUUUUAAACGUAAUGACCACGGCUCGUAUUAGCGCCGCUGUAGCCGUUUUAUCUGGUAGAAAAUGGUGAGGUGACGUCUGAGCUAAUUUACGCGAUUUAAACCGAGAUAAGGAAGUAGGAUAAAUAUGUUGUUGGCUAAAGGCUGAGGCGACGUACAAGGCGGAGACCCGUUGAAAAGAGAGCCGAGAAACCCUAAUCUUUGUGCGGGGAGAUAUUUGAUAGAUGUGUCGGAGGGGGGAAAAGGCUCCGCAACAGCAGCCAACAUUCCUGCGGAUCCCAAAAGCCUUUGUUUUGUGCGCAGGAGCCGGACUCGACUAUUAAAAACGAUUAACUAUGCAGUAAACAGCCUCGAAAUGAUGGGCCCGGGUAUGAUUUGCUGUUUAAUGAGAUUAUAAGGCCUUUGUUGUCGAUGGAAAAGUGGUGAAGAAUAUAAAAGCCGAGGCCUUGUGUACAGAUAUGCGAGCUUGUGCCACAUAGCAGCCAGGCGGUUAUUCAUCAUCAAAAAAAGAAAGGCAGAUUUAGUGUCAAAGUGAAGGGCUCUGUAGGUACCUGUGUUGUUCAUCUGACCUGUAAAACUGCAUUUCUACGUCUCCAGCCGGCUGUAUGUAUAAUUAAAUCGCUGCUGGAGCCUCCUCGGAUACUUAUUUAUGAUUCAGCGGACAAAAGCAUUGCGCUGCGUUGUGAUUAUUGAGGGGCGUCCUUGAGGUCCUGCUAAAACAGAUUCAGGUUUUAUAGGGGAAAGAAAAAAAAGAAGCUCUCUUCUCUAUGUGUGUGUGUGUGUGUGAAUAGUAAUCAGGGUGUGGACUCCAGCAGUCCUUUCUCAUGCUUUUCAUGCUUGGUUUGUUGGUCUGAAUUGGUCAAUCAUAAUUCAAGUGAAGGCAGCUCUCAAGGUAAAAGGGCCUGAGCAGGCAGCAGGAGGAGGAUCAAGUGUCUUUUUUUUUCUUUUCAUGUGCUGCACACAGAUUCACCUCCUGAUCCUUGUGUAGUUGUUUAAUUCUCCGUGCCUUGUUUGCAUUUCAUAAUUUACCUGUAGCGGACAGGCUUUCUGCUUCCUGCAGGCCUAUAAACACACACAUACAGGAGGCCGGUGCAGUCUGAGAGUGUGAUUUAGGGGAAUAGGAAAGCACCGUUUACUGUAAUCUGCAUAACGUCAGCCUCUGUUGCGUGUGUUGAAAUCACCAAGGUGUUGUCAUCCUCGCCUGAAGCCUUCUUCUUCGGGUCAAUUUCUUUUUUCUCUUUUCUGGAAUUUGCCUUCAUGCUGCAGCAAUAAGCAAUACUCGUCAUCUGUCAGGGAAGACUCGUCUGGUCACAAGGGGGUACGGCCGGCUGAUCUUUCAGGACGGCACCAGGGCUGUUUUUAUCUGUUUCUCAAGACUUGUUUUGAUAGCGUCGGGUUUCCUGUGAGCGAGUGGUGCAGAGGCCUAGAGGUCUGGGAAGAAGCAGGGCAACAGUUAGUGCAUGCCUGCCUGCACCACCAUGAUGGCCUCUGACAUGGCUGAGACGUGGAGGAACUGUUUCGAGGAGGAGCUCAUCUGCCCCAUCUGCCUGCACGUGUUCUCAGAUCCCAUCCAGCUGCCCUGCAAGCACAACUUCUGCCGGGGCUGCAUCAGCGAGGCCUGGGCCAAAGACUCCUCGCUGGCCCGCUGCCCCGAGUGCAAUCAUGCUUACACGCAGAAGCCGAGCCUGGAGAAGAACCACAAACUGUCCAACAUAGUUGAGAAGUACAACGCCCUGAGCGUGGAGAAGGCCACCACGCCGGCGCUGCAGUGCAUCCUGUGCCGCCGAGGCCCGCCGCUCCCCGCCGUGAAGGUGUGCCUGCGCUGCAACGCCCCGUGCUGCCAGUCCCACGUCCAGACGCACCUGCAGCAGCCCUGCUCGGCCCUCGGGCACCUGUUGGUGGAGGCCGAGGCGGUGAAGGCCUGGACCUGCCCGCAGCACGACGAGUACAGGCUGUACCACUGCGAGGCCGAGCAGACGGCGGUGUGCCAGUACUGCUGCUUCGCCCGCUGCCACCCCAGCCACGGCCAUGCGGUCACCGACGUGGAGCUGCGACGCAACGACAUCAGACAAAACCUGCUAAGACAGCAGGAGCGCGUGGAGGAGCGAGUGCAGGAGAUCGAAGAGCAGCUCUGCAAACUGGACUCUGACAAGUGUGUGGUGGAGGACAGGGUGUGUGAGCUGAAGGAGGAGGUGCGCCUGCAGUACCAGCGGAUGCACCAGCUCCUGGAGGAGGAUCUCGGUCGGACACUGGAGGCUCUGGAUCGGGCUCAGGCUCGGUUCUGCCAGGAGAACGCCGCCCAGGUUUUGGUGCUGGGAGAGCAGCGCCACGAGGCCCAGAAGCUGCUGAGCUCCAUCCACACGGCCUUCAGCAAGGCAGAGGAGCUGAGCUUCAUGAAAAACACCAAGCCUGUGAAAAUCCUCACAGACAGGUCUCAGGCAUGUGUGGGCAGCAGCCUCCCUCCCUACAAAGUCGGGAAUCUGAACUCCAAGCUUUUCCUCUCUGAGAUCUCGAAAAGAGAGAAGAGCUUGAAAAGAACACUUGAAGCUCCCCUCACUCCUCCCUCGACCUUCCUGCAGUCUGUUCCUGCGUAUCCCAGCGGUCAGAGCUCCGCCUCUGGAGCAGAGAAACGGAAACAUUCCACUGCCUUCCCCGAGGGAAACGGGAGCGCCGGAAAAAACGCCGCUCCGGGUUUCAAAGACUCGUCCUCCUCUUCCUCUUCUUCUUCCUCGUCGUUAGCCAAGCAGCCCUACCUGGGCUCCGGCUCCGGCUCCGCCUCCGGAGAAGGCCAGUCCACCAAUCAGCAGCCUCUCGGCCCCUGCGGUCCACCGCACAUCAGCGAGAGCGGCGGGACGGGAAGCGGCAGCGGCUCGUUGACCAACCACCAUUCAGGAUCCGUGUUCAGCUCCUCACACUUUCCCCCCGGAGGCAGCAGCUCCUCGCACUCCUCCCAGCAGGCCGUGCUGCCUCAGUACGGCGGCCGCAAGAUCCUAGUGUGUACGAUGGAUAACUGCUACUGCUCUGGAGUGCCCUCGGUGUCGGGCCACCGCAGCCAUCCGCCGUACCCGCGCUCGGGCUCCUUCCCCUGGGUCAGUGCCCAGGACUACCCCCCUCCUCCCGGCCUGGCUUCCGGAGGUCCAUCCAUGCAGGGCCUGGCAGUGAGGGACUGGAUAGACGCCUCACAGACGCACAGACAUGCAGAUUUCUACGGGCUGUAUGGGCAGCCCUCUACAAAGCACUACGUCACCAGUUAACAGAGCAGACACACCCACUCACACACACACACACACACACACACACACACACACACACACUUGGACAUAGAGACAGGCACCAGAAUAGCACACCUUUACCGUCUUAUUAACCGGAGAAUACGCAAUGCAGUUAUACUAUACACACACGUUAAAAUAAGUGUUUAUAUCCGCGCACACACAGAUCUAGAAACAUGUACACGCAUUCGGGGGCAGGGUUGAUCUCUUUGUGAUUUUAUUUUCUUCCUUUCUUUACUUUCGGUCAGUGUUUCAUGUAGUGUAUUAUACGUAAAAUGCAUAAACGACAGCCAGCCGCUCACUCUGGCACAACUCAGCAUUUUUACACACAAACGAGACAUGAGGAAGAGAGGCCUAGAGAGGAGAGGAUGAGAUGCAUCUUUUUAUAUAACAUAGAGUAGGAGACGGAUUGAUAGGAAGUGAACUUUUAUGAGAAAAUCUUCUCCUGCUUCUUCAAGGCUUCUCACCGAGGCUAAAGGGAAAUACCUUGCAGUGUUGAGCUUUCCAGUUCCAGCUCAUGUUUCUCUGAUAUAAUCACCUCUCCAGUUGUACUGAGGUCAAUUGCCUUAUGUUAUUAGCAUCAUAUUUUUCUCCGCAUAGCUGACUUUGUUUGAUAGAUCCUUUAGAGGGGGAUCGCGGUCCCCCUCGUGUCUCUUAAAUUUUUUUUUUUUACCAUCAUGGCACUUCUUCCUUUCUUUGCUGAGUUCAGGGAUGGAUCGUACAGCUUGAACACAAAACGCUCUUCCAUGGAACACCCACAAUGCACUUGUGGACGCCUUGCUAUGCCUGAACUACAGAUGCUGAACCGACAGAGGGACGAUAGAGCUGCAUCUGAAGGGCCUGCUGACCCCCCAGUCCUCUGCGAUUUUCAGAAUUUGGCCUGUAUUCCUAGCACUCGUUCCUGCUGCCACAGAAGGACAGAAAAUCUUACAAAGACUGUUUCCAUUUAGUGAUUACUGACUUUGUGUUAUUUGGUACGUCUGUAGGCUUCACGCUUGUCUAGAAAUGACUCUUUGGCUGUAGAGAAAGAGACGAGACUGGACAAGACCGAACCAAUCAAGCAUCUGGAUGAUCUGAUGAUACUGUUAUUGUACUUCCUGCAGGGCAAAGAUGUCACUUCUCUCAAUAAGCACACAAGCUCUUGGCUUCCUGUUUGCAGCUGAAAGCAUGCAAGGAAGAGUUUUUUUUUUUUUUAAAAAAGCACUCAAAAGAAGAACAAUGGGGGGAAAAGAAACUGAUGCCGUUUUAAAAUGAGUGUGUGAAAGAAACGAAGGGUAGGAGGAACUUUUUUCAUGAACGUUUUCUAAAAAGAACAAGACUUGACUGCGAGAUGUAAGCAAUGGUUCAUCAUCCUAAAAAGGAGCUGUUACAACAGCCAACAUAAAGAGAAAAAAAAAGCAUAAAAGUAUCUUUUUUGUAAAUAUUUUGUGAAAUGGAAAAAUUACAGACGUGAUUUGGAGGAGGGUUCCAAAUAAACGAACAAAUUUAAACCGG